AUGGAUCAAGAAAUCCAAGUAGUUUUUGAAUACCUUAAAAGGGAGCCGGAAAUGUACCGAAUUUUGCAGAGAUUCUUGAGCAGGACUGUUCAGUUUGAACAGUCGCUCAUAGAACGCAUGGUGGAGGCGGGGUGGAGGUUGGAGGAAUUGGUAGGGCAAAGUGCCCAUGCAGUAAUGGAAGAGGACCCGGUACCUCAGGAGCCGGAAUUUAAUGAAGAAGAGGCAGAGUGGGCUCCUCUGCCUGAAAAUGAAACUGGUGAUGAGGCCGAGAACUGGCCAUUAGAAGCAGAGUGGACCCCUCUGCCGGAAGACGAAGAAGAAGAAGAGCCUGAGGUACCGGGGGUACCAAUGGAGACGAGUGACAUCACGGAACCGGUGGAAGCAGUACGUGAACUCGUCCUACGAACUAGGACGAUCAGAAUCCCGGUUCCUGCCACGCAGGAAAUAUUGGCUGCGGCACAACCGGAAGAGUUCCAUCCAGCCGACUUAGAAGACCUUCCGGAGCAACUCCGAAUGGAGUUGGAAGUGCCGCGGGUGGAGCCAUAUACGAUAGCUCAAGGAGAAAGAAACAGAAAUAUCGUAUGUGGUCUCUGCGGCAGGCAGUUUGAAACACUGAAAGGGUGGCGUAUUCACGCCUCAAAAGCACAUAAGCAAGAUGGUUUUUGCUCCCGUUGUGGACACAACCUCUUGCUGCCACCCGAAUUUACGGCCGCACAGAGAACGGCAGCGGUAGAGCUCCAUGCCCUCGAUUGGUGCCCGAGGGCAUGUGCGGCCGUAAUAAACGAACGACAGGUGAAGCGCCGAAGGCUUGAUUUGGUGGGAAGAGAAGAGGAUGCCCACCACCUCUUCAUUCCAGGCCAAUGA